GUAGAUUGUAACAAUUUAUUUUAUUCUUUUUAUAAAUAAAACUUGUGUUCUGGCAUCGUAUAUUGUGGAAUGUAGUAGAUUUUUUUUAUCAUAAAAAAUUAGUUAAGCAUUUCGAUUAAUAUUAAAUUAAAUUAAUUAAAUAAAUUAAAUUGAUUAAUUCACAUAUGGGGAAUAGCAUGUCACCUUCGAAUUUAAAUUAAAUGUAUGAGUCGCCAUUCAUGUCACGAGAUACGAGUGCGCUAUAGUCAUAGUCGUAGUGCGUGUGUCUACGAGCCAACACAAAAUCUCUAAUAAAAAUUCUGUGAGAUAGGGGAUAUGAGACGAUUAUUGUUUUCUCAAUUGUCACAUUUCCUUAAACUCGUCGAGGUUUAUGUAAAUCCGCCCAAAAACGUACUAUCAAUGCUAAAAACAUCGCGUUGCGCAUGCGCAUUGGUAUCUGUUUUAUCAUCAUGUGUCGUGACAGGACGACACACUGGUCUGUGUCGCUGGUUUGACUGUCUCACACGACACGCUUAGACAAUAAGGCCCCAGUUGUCGGACUUCUGUGGCGUUCUGACGACGUUGCCCACUCUGCAAAACUGGUAGACACGACACGAUUGUGCGGCCCAGGAACAUGCGAAUCGAGCAAGAACUGGAGGAGAACGGCGCGUCGCGAUCCACGUGAGAUUGGAAUACGCCUCUUUCCUAUUCUUUCUCGGCUUUUUGCACGGUUUUUACUGCGCGGCGGCCGCGGAAGAGUCGAGUUGAGAGCUGCUCCGAAAUGUAAACGGCUGUAUGUAUAUAUAUAUAUAUAUAUAUAUAUGUCUGAUCUGCACCGCAACUGAUUGUGCACAUAGAGAAAACGGAGCAUAAUUCGCAGCAUGACGUCAACAAGCGGGAACUCCCGGUUAGCUGACUCGAUCGAUAACAACUCUUUGACUUCAGCGUGUAUGUCUUAUACCUAUAAGCAGCGCCACUGCAGCUCUGCAGCUGCUAAGUUUAAACUGCCGACGACAUUUGCGGAGAAUAUAUACGUUGCGUUAGAACUCGACUAUAUAACCUAGAAUAUUCUGUCGCAAAACAAAAAUUUGUUUAUCGUUUGUGUAAAUAAGUACUCAGUGCUGUGAAAGAAAGAGCUAAAGAUGAAGACUUCACCGCACCAAACGUUAGUCAAAGCUGGAGAUCGUGAUGGCUUGAAGGAAAUAUUGAGACGCAGAUUGGUAGAGUGUGGAUGGAGAGACGAAGUAAAACUUAUCUGUAAGGAAAUCAUCAAGGAAAGUGGACAGGAUAUCACGUAUGACGCCCUGUUAGCUAUGGUCACAACUAGGGCAAGAAGUCGAGUGCCUGAUGUUGUGAAAAAAGAACUUUUGCAAAAGAUAAAGAAUCAACUUUUAGCUCAAGAAGAGAAGCUCAAAUUAACGUGAUAUUUAUAUUUAAGGUCAAAAAUUUUUUUUUACAAUUUUCAAUUUUUAGUAAACGAAUUAAGAUUUAUAAGUCAUUAAUUUAAUUAUUAAUAUAAAUUAUAGUUUACAUUUACAAUUCAUUUAUGAUGUUUUUUAUCAUAAAAAGACUAGUAUUUUUUACUUGCAAACAAUGACAUGACGAGAUAGAGAAGGUAAAUACUACGAUAGUUGAUAAAAAUAUUCAUAAAAUUUAAUCAAAUGACUGUGUAAAAAUACAUUCUCCUUAAACAUAGAAUAGGACUUAUCAUCAAACAAAUAGUUCAAAAACGAAAAUAUAUACAAUUUCUCUUUUUCUGUGUUGGUUAGCCAAAACUUCUUAAUCUAUUCUACCAGAUGACCUAAUCAAUAGUAUGUUAUUUCGAUAAAGAUGAACUUGAGCAAGUAUUGUUAAAUCUAUUAAAAUCUGAAGAACUCCACAGAUUUGGAAUUGUACUGGAGCGCUACGUUGUAUGAAGUAACAAGUCUUGAAUGUAUCUCCCAUGGUCCACAUGAUGACCAUUGCAAUGCUAAAAUAAAAUAUUUCAAUUUGAUAUAAA